AUGUCAUUCAACAUGAUAUCACAAAUCGUUAUGAGCAAGAGAUUCUUCAAGGAGCAUGCAACCAAUGAUGACAUAGCCGAAGCUAAAGAAAUUAUAGCAGCGGGAUCCGAUACCAGUUCUUGUGCACUGCUUGAUCUUCUCAACAAUCCAGAUGUCAUGACCAAGUUACAGGAGGAAUUAGGUGCUGUGGUGGCAAACCAGAUGGUGACGGAGUAUGACUUUCUGAACUUGCCAUACCUCAGAGCUGUUGUCAAGGAAACAGUCAGGCUUCAUGCUUUUACACCGCUGCUGUUGCCAAGAAUGUCAACUCAAGAUUGUGUUCUGGCUGGUUACAAUGUUCCCAAAGAUGCCACAACUAUUGUCUGCGAGAGAUCUGCGGUUCUGGGAGGAACCAGCAAGGUUUUGGCCUUGAUCCAAAAUUGA